AUGUGCAGUUCGAAAAAGUCCUUAAGCGUCGAGUCACCAGCUUUCACUCCAAAGACAACGAACGCGGUGCCCGUCAAAAAUAUUGGUAUAUCACCAAAGGCAGUGGGUGCACCGACGUUCACUCCGCGUGGAUCAGGUAUGUCGUCGCCUUGUUCGCCGUUAGCUUCUCAGAACCACAUAAAUCCAUAUGUGCAGCAAUCAGCUUCGGUGGCAGCUCAGCCUUACUACCAAGAUGCGUCCAGCUUCAAACAUCCACUCAAUUACCACCUGUAUUCUGCCAUUGGCCCUCGGCGAGAAAAUCUUAUGGCAUACCAACGCAGUACAAGCGAUUUCUUUAUACCCGAUAACCUGCGAGAAGACUUGCAACGAAAGGCAGAUGCAGCGCUGCAGACGUUUGCUAACAGCACGCUUCCACAACACGUUGAAUACUUUCAUUCGUUGGUUGCCCUAGACACAAACCAUUCCAAGGGGCAGUCUGCAUUUGGGUAUCCUAGCUGGACUUACAAGGCCACAUCCAGCAAAGAUGGGCACACAUAUGUCCUCAGGCGCAUAGAAGGUUUCCGUCUCACAAGUGAGGCAUCCAUCCGAACCGUAACUUCCUGGAAGAGGCUGAGCAAUUCCAGUAUGGUCACGGUGCAUGACGCUUUCACAGGACGCUGGUUUGGCGAUAGUUCUUUGGUCGUGGUCACCGAUUUCCAUCCCAACUCUCAGACACUCGCUGAGAAGCAUCUGAUGCCAGGGAGGAACGCUGGUAGAGCCGGUUCCCAGAUUGUGCCGGAGAAUGACUUGUGGGGAUACAUUAUACAGCUAGCGAGUGCGCUGAAAACCAUCCAUUCUGCCAAUCUCGCUGCGCAGAGCGUCAUGGCAUCGAAAGUACUUCUGACAUCGAAAAACCGGGUGCGGCUCAAUGGAUGUGGCGUGUUCGACAUCAUCAAGUACGAUCAGCAGCAAUCUGUUCGAGAGUCGCAGAGAAAAGAUCUGCAGGAUCUCGGUCGGCUGAUCCUCUGCAUCGCCGCGCGCAGUCCAUCUGCACACCAGAACACGCAUAAGUCGCUAGAACUGGUCAGCAAAUCUUAUAGCGAACGACUACGCAUCUGCCUUGCAUGGCUGGUGGCUCCCCCACCCCUGCCGCAAGAUGUCCAAACACAGCCGUCUGCAAAAGCUGCAGAAUACAAUGUCGAGGCCUUACUCACCAACAUUGCCGACAAGGUGGUAUCAUGCUUUGACAGCGCAUUGCAUUACGAAGAUGCAGUUACAACAAAUCUAAUGGGCGAGCUUGAAAAUGGACGCUUGGUCCGUCUGCUCACGAAGCUCAACGUCAUCUUGGAAAGACCAGACACUAGCCCUUCAGCAGCUUGGUCAGAAACUGGAGAGCGCUACUACUUGAAGCUGUUCCGCGACUUUGUUUUCCACCAAGUCGAUCAUGAGGGCAGACCGGUCUUGGACCUUGGACAUAUCAUCACAUGUCUCAACAAACUCGAUGCUGGUAUUGAUGAGAAAAUCCAAUUGAUUAGUCGCGAUGAGCAAAGUGUCUUCAUCGUAAGCUACAAAGAGGUCAAGCGAGGAUUUGAAGCUGCAUGGUCAGAGAUCACAAAGCACGCUGAUCCCCAACGGCGGUAG